AUGACAGAUGAUCAGGAAGCCAAAGAAGGGAACUCAUCCCAGCCCAUUAGCAUCAUCACCAAUAGUCAAGCAAUGAUAACUUCUGAAUCCAAGAACUUAUGGUGGUGGAUUAGAGUGGCUCUCUACUCGCUCUUUGUGCUCUCUGGCCAAGCGGUGGCCACACUCCUUGGGAAUCUCUACUACAAAGAAGGAGGCCACAGCAUGUGGCUCGCCUCACUUGUCCAGCUUGGGGGCUUCCCAAUCCUCCUCCUUCUCUACUUCAUCCCCACGCCCAAACAACCAAGUGACCCUAAUAACCCAUACAUCCAAAUAGAUGCACAAGCUCAAUCUCAAUCACAAUCACCCUCUCUCAAGAGCCUUGCCCUUGUGUAUCUCUUUCUAGGCGCAGUGGGGGCCCUAAAUGGCUUUUUAUACUCAGUUGGCCUCUUGCACCUCCCUGUCUCCACCUACUCCCUCAUUUGCUCCUCCCAAUUGGCCUUCAAUGCCCUCUUCUCCUUCUUCCUAAAUGCCCAAAAGUUCACCCCCUACAUCAUUAACUCUCUAGUCCUCCUCACUUUGUCCUCAAUCCUCCUUGCGUUCCAAUCGGAUUCAGAAGACCACAACAGGGUUUCUGCAGGGAAAUAUGCACUGGUGGCUAGUGUGAUUAUUGUGGUGGGGUUGUUUGGGAGUGGUGAGUGGGAAAAUCUGGGGAGAGAGAUGGACGGGUAUAAGCUUGGCAAGGUGAGCUAUGUGAUGAACUUGGUCGGGACGGCCAUUUCUUGUCGUGCUCUUGGGGGACAAGAUGGAUGGGAUGGGGUCAAGGUGAUGGCUAUGAUCUUGGCCAUUCGGGGGUUCGUUUCUUAUGCCUACCAGUACUAUUUGGAUGAUAACAAGUUGAAGGCUCAAAGGACGAGUGUUGGUGGGGAUGAACUUGGUGUGAGAUGGGCACUAAAUGCUCGAAUCGCAAGCGUUAAUGGAUAUUUAUAG